CACGUUCGACGUCGUCGAUCGGUCGAUGUGUCAAAUCGAAACUUUUUUUUCUCCAGCCUGCGGAAAUCGGUGUUUCGGUGCCGAAAUAGUGGCCAAAAUGGUUCCAAUCGCUUAAAAUUCCACCCGAAGCUAGUGUCCGCGAGUGCCCCAACGUGUCCGCGUUCCGGAUUGACCGGAGUUUGCAAAGCAAGGUGUGAUUUGUGGGAGUUUUCAACGGGGACAAAAGUGCUACGUCAAAAGUGGAAAAGUUAAAGAAAAAAACACCAAGUUCCACGAAGAAGCAAUAAGAACCGUCGCGAGGUCCACGGAGGCCGGAGAAAAUAGACAGGAGGGCAGAGGGCUGCCGUUACUUCACGACAAGGGGAAUCCAUUUGCGUUGCCUCUCAAGUUUUUAAUCUGGGCACGGUUUAACGAAGCGAAAACAAUCCGAUUCGGUGGCCACCGGAGGAGGAAGACGUGGAGAAGUGGAAGGGUUGGUUGGCCCCAAGACGUAAUGGCGAAGACAAGUUCCAGAACAAACAUGGGACCGCUUGCCGGCAUUUUGCUGGUGACGGCACUGCUUUCCGGACCGGCGAGUGCCUUCUAUCUGCCCGGAUUGGCCCCGGUCAACUAUUGCCGGCAGUCGGAGAUGCAAAAGUCCUGCAAGUCCGAGGUGGUCCUGUACGUGAACCGGCUCAACACGGAGGAAUCGGUCAUCCCGUACGAGUUCCACCACUUUGACUUUUGCCCGAUCGACGAAGCGAACUCCCCGGUCGAGAACCUCGGCCAGGUCGUGUUUGGCGAGCGCAUUCGGCCCGGUCCGUACAAGAUCGAGUUCCUGAAGCCCAAGACGUGCGAGAAGGCGUGCACAAAGUACUACACCGGGGGCGAUCCGGACAGCGACCGGCGGCUGAUGAUCCUGAAGAAGGGCAUGAGCUUGAACUAUCAGCAUCACUGGAUCGUGGACAAUAUGCCGGUGACGUGGUGCUACCCGCUGGACAACGAUCGGCAGUACUGCAGCACCGGGUUCCCGAUGGGAUGUCUGGUGCGGAGACAUCCGGACGGAGACGAGGGUUGCAUGGUCAAUCCGAGCUACAACAAGGCCGGUUAUUACUAUCCGUUUAACCACGUUGACUUGACGAUUACCUACCAUAGCGGAGCCACCGAAGAGUGGGGUGUGGCGUUCAAGCAGAACGGAGGACGGAUCAUCUCGGUGAAGGUCGUGCCAUCGUCGAUCAACCACAAGAACCCGGACCAACCGGACUGCACCAGCAAGGACCCGAUCGAAAUUCCGUCGAGCGCCCUUCCCAACGGACAAAAGAUGAACAUCACGUACACGUACUCGGUCAAGUUCAACCCGAACAACACGAUCAAGUGGUCCUCGCGGUGGGAUUACAUCCUGGAAUCGAUGCCACACACCAACAUCCAGUGGUUCAGCAUCCUCAACUCGUUGGUGAUUGUGCUCUUCCUGUCCGGCAUGGUGGCCAUGAUUAUGCUUCGCACGCUCCACAAGGACAUUGCCCGCUACAACCAGAUGGACUCUGGCGAGGACGCCCAGGAAGAGUUUGGCUGGAAGUUGGUGCACGGUGACGUGUUCCGACCUCCGCGCAAGGGAAUGCUCCUGUCGGUUCUGCUCGGCUCGGGCAUUCAGGUGUUCUGCAUGACGCUGGUCACGCUGGCCUUUGCCUGUCUCGGAUUCCUGUCGCCCGCAAACCGAGGUGCCCUCAUGACCUGCGCCAUGGUACUGUUUGUGCUGCUCGGAACACCCGCCGGGUACAUCUCGGCCCGCAUCUACAAGAGCUUCGGUGGCAUCAAGUGGAAGAGCAACGUGCUGCUGACGUCGAUUCUGAGUCCCGGAAUUGUGUUUGGACUGUUCUUCGUGAUGAACCUGAUCCUGUGGAGCAAGGGCAGCUCGGGAGCGGUACCGUUCUCGACGCUGAUUGCGCUGCUGGCGCUUUGGUUUGGUGUAUCGGUGCCGCUGACCUUCGUUGGGGCGUACUUUGGAUUUAGGAAGCGGUCCCUGGAGCACCCGGUCCGCACCAACCAAAUCCCGCGCCAGAUCCCGGACCAGUCGAUCUACACCCAGCCCGUGCCCGGCAUCAUCAUGGGCGGCGUCCUGCCCUUCGGCUGCAUCUUCAUCCAGCUGUUCUUCAUCCUGAACUCGCUCUGGUCCAGCCAGAUGUACUACAUGUUUGGCUUUCUGUUUCUGGUGUUUUUGAUCCUGGUCAUCACCUGCUCGGAGACGACGAUUCUGCUGUGCUACUUUCACCUGUGCGCCGAGGACUACCACUGGUGGUGGCGAUCCUUCCUCACGUCGGGCUUUACGGCGGUCUAUCUGUUCAUCUACUGCUGUCACUACUUUGCCACGAAGCUGCAGAUCGAGGACGCCGCCUCGACCUUCCUCUACUUUGGCUACACGCUCAUUAUGGUGUUUUUGUUCUUCUUGCUGACGGGGUCGAUAGGCUUUUUCGCUUGCUUCUGGUUCAUCCGCAAGAUCUACAGCGUGGUCAAGGUGGACUAAGGAAAGUGACGACCCUCCCUUCUUUUUCCCCCAAUUAUUCUCUAUUUUUGAGAUAAUCUUGUCUACACUUAAGCUUAUUAUUUAAUUACGUGCAAAAGUGAGAGAAAGAAAGAGACGAACGAUCCGCAAAAAGUUAGUAACACUUACAAGUAUAAUUCACACUGAUUUUUAGGAAGCGCGCGCGUUGCAGCAAACUAACUAACUAUUUAGCAAGCCAGCUGCUGCACCCCCCAAAUACUUGUGUAAAUUUAGGUCACAAACACACACACACAAUGGCACAUCCAACAGAGCAGAAGAAAAGUAAUAAUAAACACACAGGACAUGUGAUUGAUUGAAAUUGUAAUUGCGCAAAGUAAGAAUCCCGCAAAAGGAGAAGAUUGACCGGAACAGGAAUGAAAAACAAUUCGGCGUGUGAUUAGUUUUAGCGUCCAAAACGAAAGUAAGCAAGGAGUGAAUGCCUUCUUUGUGUUUAUUUAUUCAACAAACACCGGUGAAGUAGUUGUGCGUUCAGGAUGCAUCAAACGAGACAUAAACAAAUAAAGAAAAAAAAACUAAUAAAAAAAAUAUUGCUGUAACUAGUAUUUGUUUGUUAGGGUAUGUAUUAUAUUUGUAAUUUGGAAUAAUUGGCAACCACAGCCCAAACAGGCACGAACGCAAUCGCUGCAGUGCUAUGAGAAGAAGUAAAACAAAACAAAAUAGUUCGUGUAGAGAAUGGAAUGAAAAGCAACACAAUAACGAAAACUACCUUUUUUGGAAAACAAUUACAAAGCACACACUUUUAUUCCACCCACAAACAAAAAUUAGAUCUCUAAAAUUCGGUGUAUUCUCGGUGCUCAACUGUUGAGCAGAGGAGGAGCGAAGCAUUCAUAAAGCAGACUAAAAACAAAUUCAAUUUUGGUUAGAAUUGGAGCCGUUGAGCACAACAGCAACAGCACGCAGAUUGACUCUUCUUCGAUUUCGUUAAUGUAUGAUAAAAACAAAAUGAAAGCAAACAAAUUAUGUCUAACACAGAAGAAAACAAGAAUUCACGAGAAAAAUUGCUAAGUAUGAUAAUUACGGAAAACAAAAGUGGAAAUCAAUAAAAACUACGAUAACUUAUAAAAUAA